CGGUCCGGCCCCGCCCCGGUUCUCUAGUCCGAAGCAAGCUGCGCUUCCACCUUCCCCGAGGCCGGCUCCGCCCAUCGCAAACUCGCCGGGUCCGGCACCAGGGAGUCUCGAGCUGAUAAGCGCUUGCAGCACACUGAACCGAGAGAGCCGAUGGGUGCUACCCGCGUCUCCCGGUAGCCGCCCUAGGCCUGCCGCACCCCAGCAGUAGGUCAGUGUGUUGUGGCUGCCCAGACCUCGAGACUGAGCCAGAUACCAGGGCGACCGCCGGCAGAACCCCGAGCGGCAACCUGCAGGGGCCCUCGUCCUUUCAGAUCUCUGGCAAGUGACGCAGCGGGCCUCAGUGCCCUAAGGUUCUCUGGAAACAGGCCUGACUAUUCUGUUCCAUGGAGACUCUCUGGGCCCUCUGUCUAGCCUGGGCUACAGGCCUGGCCGCUACCAAUCCACCGAACAUUGUUCUGAUCUUUGCUGAUGACCUGGGCUAUGGGGACCUGGGCUCCUACGGACACCCCAGUUCUACCACCCCCAACCUGGACCAGCUGGCUGCAGGGGGGCUGCGGUUCACAGACUUCUAUGUGCCUGUGUCUCUGUGCACACCCUCCCGGGCUGCCCUCCUGACUGGCCGGCUUCCCGUGCGGAUGGGCAUGUACCCUGGAGUUCUGGGGCCCAAAUCUAAGGGAGGGCUGCCUCUGGAGGAGGUGACCCUGGCUGAGGUCCUAGCUGCCCGUGGCUACCUCACUGGGAUAGCUGGCAAGUGGCACCUUGGAGUGGGGCCGAGGGGGGCCUUUUUGCCCCCCCAUCAGGGAUUCCAUCGAUUCCUGGGCAUCCCGUACUCCCAUAACCAGGGCCCCUGCCAGAACCUGACCUGCUUCCCACCAGCAACCCCCUGUUAUGGCACCUGUGACCAGGACCUGGUUCCCAUCCCACUGUUGGCUAAUCUCUCCAUAGAGGCUCAGCCCCCCUGGCUGCCAGGACUAGAGGCUCGCUAUGUGGCUUUUGCCCGAGACCUCAUGGCUGAUGCCCAGCGCCAGGGUCGUCCAUUCUUCCUGUACUACGCCUCCCAUCACACCCACUACCCUCAGUUCAGUGGGCAGAGCUUUGUGGGGUGCUCAGGCCGAGGGCCAUUUGGGGACUCCCUGAUGGAGCUGGAUGCAGCUGUGGGAUCCUUGAUGAUGGCUGUGAGGGACCUGGGGCUACUGGAAGAGACGCUGGUCAUCUUCACUGCUGACAAUGGACCUGAGACUAUGCGGAUGUCCCGUGGUGGAUGCUCUGGCCUCCUAAGAUGUGGGAAAGGGACAACUUUUGAAGGUGGGAUCCGAGAGCCUGCUGUGGCCUUCUGGCCAGGCCACAUCACACCAGGUGUGACCCAUGAGCUGGCUAGCUCCCUGGAUCUGCUUCCCACUCUGGCCGCCCUGAGUGGUGCCCUCUUACCCAAUGUCACCUUGGAUGGUGUGGACCUCAGCCCUGUGCUGCUGGGCUCAGGCAAGAGCCCUCGGGAGUCUCUCUUCUUCUACCCGACCUUUCCAGACGAGAUCCAUGGGGUCUUUGCCGUGCGGAGUGGAAAGUAUAAGGCUCACUUCUUCACCCAGGGCUCUACGCUCAGUGAUACCACCCCAGACCCUGCAUGCCAUGCUGACAACCCUCUGACUGCUCAUGAGCCCCCACUGCUCUAUGACCUGUCUGAGGACCCUGGUGAGAACUACAACCUUCUGGAGGGCAAGGCUGAGGUCACUCCAGAGGUGCUGGGAGCAAUGAAGCACCUCCAGCUGCUGAAGGCGCAGUUUGAUGCAGCCAUGACCUUCGGCCCUAGCCAGGUGGCCCAGGGGGAUGACCCUGCCCUGCAGAUCUGCUGCAAGCCUAGCUGCACUCCCUAUCCAGCCUGCUGCCACUGCCCAGACUUUCAGCCCUGAGGGCCAUGUCCACAGGGCAUUCCUGAAGGCCCUUGGCCCUGAGCAGAUCGAGUGGGCACUGUGAAGGUUGGGUAUAGGUGUGCAGUUUGUACUGACAAUAUAAUUACACCAGGUGAGACUUGGAGGCAUGAUAAUUCAUCUCCUUGCUGGAACUGUGAGGUCAGUGCUGCACCCCUCUGUUAACAAGUGAAGAAACUAAGCCAACCAUGGAAUUCAGGGCAAAAGUCAUCCAGCCAAGAGGAAAUUGUGCUAGGGUUUGAGCUCAGUGAUCCUGCCUCGUGGCUGGCCCACCCUGGUGAUCCAUGUCAGUCUGCGCACAUGUCAGCCUGGCAUCUGGACGGAUUCACACAGAAGCAGUAAGUUUAGAAGUGAGGGUGGGGCAAGGGCCAGUUAUCAUAGUCGCCAGAAACCAGUGAUGAUACACAGCGCCUAGGUCAGGCAGGUUUUCUUGGAAAAAGCAUUGAAGACACAUUCUCUGAGGCUCAGGAACUGGCUAUGCAGGUGAAGCCUGUCUGGACCAGGUAAUGAGUCACCCAUUCCAGGUGGGGCAAUGGGGCAAGGAGAUCCCUGCUGUCUCCUAGAAAGGCAUAUCAGCAGCCCUGAGUCGGCCUCUCAGGGUCUGCACUCUCAGGCUCUUCAUUUUGUCUGUGUACAUACUUCCUGUCUCCUGGUUUCACCUUUGAUCCAAAACUAGCCAUUUUCUGCCCAGCAGACAAAAUGAUGUCUUAAGGACAUCUGUCUGGUUGGUUUCCAUCAUGCUCAGAAUAACACUGCUUUCGGUGGCCUGCGUACUCUCAGAGCCGUGGCACCCUACUGCCUUGCAGGCAUGGCAGGCUGACUGCCUCCCCCACCCCCAUAUUCUGCCUCUAUCAUUGGUUUCCUCUGCAGAGGGUUCUUCUGACCACUGGUCUGCAAUUGCACAGCUUAGUACGCAGAUGUCAGCGUAUACCCAGAUGACCUGUCACGUGCCUGGUGACCCUCAGUGCUGGCCACGUGGGUAUAGUGUCAUCUGCUGUGCUGAUAUGUCCACAUGGUGAACUGUUGUCUUCCUUACUAAUGCACCCCCAGAUUUUUCAGAGGUGGGUAGAGGCACUUUCACCUCUAACAUACAGCCUCUCCCUGAUUCAGGCGGGUUAUGAGCAGUCUGAGCUAGGCACAAGCUCGUGAUUGGUCCCUAGAGUGAAAGGUUGGGGCAGUUCUCCCUGUGAAGGCCUUGCUGUGGCUGAGUCACUGGCCGUUGCAGGACAUUGUGAAGCUGCUAACCAAUGGUCUCCAGCUGCCUGCUGCAGAACACUGAGUGUGAGGAAAUAAACUUUGCCUUCUAAGCCUCUGGAUGCUGUCUGUGACUUGCAGGUAAAAGUGGCCUUGCUGGAAUGAGACCUCAGUUGGCUGUGUGGCAGGUGCAUGUGUCUGUGUGACACACACAUAUUCUAGGUCACUUCUACUCUAGCUGAGGGCAGACCACACCCAAGUCCUGGUGCGUCUUAGACGGCCCCACGAGCCAGUGAUGCUGGCCCAGAGAAGGCCCACAUGCCUUGGUGUUUGUCUCAGUUUCUGAUGAGCCUAGAGAGGAACAGAAGCAAACGCAUGAUCCAGAUAUCACAUCCAAAGACCAGCUCCUCCAGCAAAACUAAACGACUACGAAUGCUCAGACACCGUCUGCAGAGCCCUGUACCAGCUCCCUUCACUGGGGUGGUGACUGUAGUGCUGACCUCCAGAUGCAUUCACCAUCCAUACAGUACUAGGGCAAAGUGGCAUCUGAGGAGACCCCUUCCCGUCCACAGUGCUUCCAGCCUAGCAGAAGAGAUCAGCUGAACUAGGCAUCAUACAUGUUACAGGGAGGGAAUCAGAUGUUCUCUAUAUUACAGGCUGGUGACAUGGGACACAUAUGAAUACAGUGACUAGGCUACAUAAGAUUUUCAUAAUGGCAUCAUUGUGUAUUCAUCAAUAAAAAUCUGUGACAAGUGCUUCAAAGAAAGUGUGCCAUGUUAUACCAAAGCAUAGUCAUGGAGGGGACAGGUGGACAGUUGGCCCUGUUGGGCAUGUUUCCCUAUCAGUAUCUGACAGGGUCCUCAAACCCACUUUUGGCACCUGUGGCUGCAGGAGGAGGCAGAUCCUUCCACCCUCCUGUUCCUCCUUCAGUUUUGCUAUGAGUUAUUUGCAUGCAAAAAUGCUUGUUUCUCAUCAUCGUAGCUGUUUUAUCCCAAUGCACUCUAAUAGGACAGAGUUUGAUAGAUGGUAGAAGACUUAGGUACGAUGCACUGGGACAUGUUACAGGCAUUCACACACAUACACAUUCAGGCUUAUAGACACUGUUAUUAUAGACCUGAAUGCUGUCCACAACUCCACUGUCCUCUGUUGAUUAAGCAUACAAACAAAGUCCUCCUUAUGAGCAUCAGUAAUCCAUUUACCUGGUUGUUGACUGUCAUUCCCAGGGAGCAGUUUCCUCAAGGAGCCCUUCUGGAGAAGCACUUAGAAUAGACAGUUAACAGUGUGGUGUCCUCUUUGGGAAGAAAGGGAGGCUCUGGGACUCGGGUGACUGGCAGAGGAGGGGCAGCAUCUCUUGCAGACGUCUCCCUACCCUUUCCUCAGCCCCCCUUCUUCCACUCACCCUUCCCACAAGUGACCAAAAGGGUAAGAAAGGAGUGUGUCAAUGUGUAGGGUUGACACCUGCUCUUCUGUUUUUCUUUAUCCCAGUCCAAGGGAUUGAACCCAGGACCUUUCCACUGAGCUAUAUCCCUAGGCUUAAAUAGUAUAAUAAUAAUAAAAUUACAUUUUGAGGCAGAGUCUCACAGAGUUCAUUUGGGGUAAACAAGUGGCAGCAGCUCCCAGCCUAGCUGCUCUAAACCUGCACAGAAGGAAAAACAGUCAUCAUGACAUCAGCUCUAGCCGUGGUCAGGCAGCUGUGGGGGCUGCCCUAUUUUUUAUUUUUUUUUUUUUGUAAGACAAGGUCUC